GGUUAUUUUUUAGUUUUUCUUACCAAGUCUUCAUUUUGCCUCUAAACGCUGGCUGUUCAUCGAAAAUCUUGAGUUUGAGUGCCUGGAAAAGUAUUGGAUAUGGCUUAUGCUGCUUUACUUUCACUUGCUCAAACACUAGAACAGAUCCUGGGUUCUCGCGUUGAAAUUCGAAUUUUUCAUGACGAGAAUCAGAUCAAAUCUUUCCAUGAAAAUCUUUGCUUCUUGCUAUCAUUUCUGGAAGAUUCUUCACCCAGAAAUACUGAAUCAAUGACAUGUUUGGAAGCCAGAAUCAGAGAUGCAACAUAUGAAGCAGAGAACAUAAUUGAAUUGCAUAUGUCAAAAGAGACUCUCUCAGAAUCUGCAACAUAUGAAACAGAAGAUAUAACUGAAUUUCAUAUGUCAAAACAGAUUCUCUCAGAAUCUGCAUGUCAAGGAGUUAUCAGCUGUUUUUGGGAAAUAAUUGCUGCACUUGAAAUUAUGUUGCCCAUGUUCCAUAAUUCUGAAAAAUAUGAAAGCUUACAGAAGGUAAUAAAAGAGAUUGAUUCCAUUUUGGUAGAUGUGAAGAUGGCGGACAUGAACGACAUAGAAGGUUCAUCAAAAUCUAGUUCCAGUAACAAGAGUGCUGUAGUGGGAUUUGAUAAUGACUUGAUGCAAAUUACAGAUCCGCUCUGUGGACCACCUCCUGAAUUCAAAAGCACCUCAGUUGUUGGAAUUGAAGACACUGAAGAGGUGGUGAAUGCUAAUGACCGAAAUGACGUACUAGAUCUGCAACCAAGGAACUCUUUGCAUGCCACUUCAUCAAAAUCUGCUUCCACUAACAAGAAUUCCAUGGUGGGAUUCGAAGAUGACUUGCUCCAAAUUAAGAACGAACUGGUUGGGCUACCCUCUAGGUUGAAAUUCAUUUCAAUCGUUGGGAUGGGAGGCAAUGGCAAGACAACACUUGCAAGAUAUAUUUACAAUGAUUCAUAUAUUGAGUAUCACUUUGACAUUCGGGCCUGGAUAACUGUGUCUCAGGAAUAUCAUGUGCACGAACUGCUUUCACACCUUCUAAAAUCCAUGGGAGACCUCACUGAUGAAAUGAUUCGAAUGGAUACAGAUGAAUUGAAAACACGAUUAUAUCAACGUUUGAAGGGCUAUAGAUAUCUCAUUGUUAUGGAUGACGUGUGGGAUGCCAAAGUCUUAGAUGAAUUUAGAAGGAUAUUCCCGGAUGACAAUAAUGGAAGUCGGAUAAUUUUGACUUCUCGGCUAUCCAGUGUCGCUGUUAAUGAUGAUUCUUCUGGCCAUAUUCACCAUCUGAGUUUUCUAAGUCCCAAAGAAAGCUGGAAACUUCUGUGCCAGAAGGCAUUUGGGAAAGAAUGCUGUCCCCCUGAACUCGAGGAAAUUGGAAUGAGAAUAGCCGAAAAAUGCAAAGGACUUCCACUUGAACUUGUAGUAAUCGGUGGUGUCCUCUACAAAGCUGAGAAGACACGAGCCAAUUGGGAGUAUGUUGCAGAAAAUGUGAAAUCUGCAGUAAAUGGAAAUGAUGAUAAUUUAAUGGAAAUACUGUCUUGGAGUUACAACCACAUGCCCCAUCGUCUUAGAGCAUGCUUCCUUUAUAUGGGAGUUUUCCCUGAAGAUUAUGUGAUCCAUGUCUCCCAUCUUAUCAUGCUAUGGGUUGCUGAGGGAUUUUUAAAGCCAAAUACGCAUAAAAGUUUGGAAGAAGUAGGAAAGGAGUAUUUGGAAGAGCUUAUUGAUAGAAAUCUAGUUAUUGUUCGAGACCGGAUUUACAAUGGGGAAAUCAAAACCUGCAGCAUCCAUGACACCAUUAGAGAACUUUGCAUGAGGAAAGCACAGGAGGAGAAGUUUCUUUAUGUCGCCAAUCAAGAAUAUGACAUUUCUUCGGAAAUCAUGGAAAAUCAGCGUUGCCUAAGUAUUCAUUCAAAUGGGCAGACUGCAGGCAUAAAUGACUCAACUAUCCGUUCACUUCUAUACUUCACAGAGAGUCCAUUGCCAAAUCCUCUAUGUUUUCAGCUGCUCAGGGUGUUGGAAGCAGGAAAUAUAAAUUUCUCUGAGUUUCCAAUUGAAAUAGUAAAACUUGUUAAUUUAAGGUAUAUUGCUUUGUCCUACAGUUGGAAAUUCGUGAUUCCUCCCUCAAUAUCUAAACUUUGCAAUCUUCAGACCUUGAUUGUUUUUCAAGGUUAUAAGGCUAAAAGAUUGAUCUUACCGGAGGAACUCUUGAAGAUGCCACAGUUAAGGCAUCUCUUGUUCCAUAAUGGUGUCUUGCUUUGUUCUGAUGGUCCACAAAAUGUGAACCUACAAACACUUUCUGGUGUAAUAGAUUUCAAAUUGACUCAGGAGGCCCUUCGAACAAUUCCUAACCUGAGGAAAUUGGGAAUUUCUUACCAUUGUGAAACUCAAACUGAGUUGUCAUUCUAUUGUCUUGAGAAUUUAGUCCAUCUGCAUCAACUUGAAAGUUUUAAGUGCAAUGUCACUUCCUGUUAUUGUCCAUAUGUUCCUCUGCCUCAGAACCUUGCUUUCCCACCAAAUCUGAAGAAGUUGACUUUGAGUGGUUGCAGAAUUUCUAGGCAUAAUAUGUUUCUUGUUGCUAAUCUUCCCAAUCUUGAAGUUCUCAAACUAAAAGAGGUUGACUUCAAAAGAAAUGCAUGGAAAACGGAAGGGGAAUUUUCUCGAUUAAAGUUCCUGCAUGUUGAAGCGAGUCAUUUUAAAAUCUGGGAAGCCGAGGCAGCACAUUUUCCUAGCCUACAGUGCCUACGUAUUAAGGGUUGCACGAGUUUAAAAUGCAUCCCUUCUGGAAUUGGAGAAAUUCUAACUCUUCAGCAAAUCAUCUUGGAUAGAUGUCCGCCAUCUGUUGUGAAUUCGGCAAAUUCAAUACUAAAGGAACAAGAAGACUGGGGGAACUAUGACCUUAAGGUUCAUGUAAAUUCCAAUUCUUAUGGAUUCACAGAUUUCCCUGGCUCCUACAAUCGUGAGGUAAAAUUUAGAGGAAUUUUGAAGGAAUUGCGACAAGGGUUGCGACUACAGGAGUGGUGCAAGCUUCAAGUACAGAAAAUUCACAAAGAUUUAAGCCGCGAUGCGAGCAGAAAGGGAAUGAAACCACAUUGGAGCGAUUAGUCGCCAUUCCUUCUCAUGCCCAAACCGAUCGCUACAACGAUGGUCACCUAUUAGUCGUCGUUCCUUCGCCAUGCCGGUGCAGUAGUCUAACUCAGAUGUCAGAUCCACCAAGUCCUCGACUUCCAUCUUCGUCAAAAUCUGACUCAGAUCCACCAAUAACUCUUUACUUGCAAUAUUCUUUCAGUUAUUAGCAUAUAACUUAUCAGUUGUUCUACAAUCUAUUCAAAUCUGACUAGAUAAUUUUCUAAUUUCAAUAAAUUCGAGGUCUUUAGUGUU